AUGGCCGACAACGCAACGCCAGCGGCUGCACCAGUGAUCGCCGCGGCGCCCGCUACGACUGGAGCGACGACGGCGACUUCGACGACCCACGCCGCGCCAAAGCCCAAGAAGACAAAGCCCAAGCCAAAGCGCAAGUCGCGCCGCCGCGCAGGUUCCGACUCGGACGGCGGAAGCGCUUCAGAGGCUGAGGGCGCACCGGCGCGCGCAUCAGACGCCUCGACACGAAGCAAGCCAACCCCCGCCGCGAGCGCGGCGCCCACGUUUCCAGACGCCAACUCGACAACCCCCGCCGCGUGGGCCGAUGACCCGGUCGACAACCUGCCCGAGGUCUCGUUCGACGACCUGUCCCGUGGCAACUGGGGCGCGGCGCGAGGCAUGUCCAUCCGUGGCCGCGGUCGCGGUCGCGGCGGCAAGGUGUCACGCGAGCUCACCGACGAGGAGAGGAAGCGUCUCGAGGAGAAGCUUCAGGCAAAGCGCGACAAGCAGAAGGCUGCACGCAAGCUGCGCAAGGCAGCCGAGGCGAGCGGCGCCGCUGCUGCUCCAGCUGCUGCUUCGGAUCCGACGUCAGCCACCGAGGCGGCAACCACCACUGCGGCGGCGUCCACAUCCAAGUCGGAGCCCUCGACACCUGCGGCCGCCGACGACGCUGUCGACACGUCGCUCGCUGCUUCGACCUCUGCGAUCACGCUUGAUGACCCUGUUCCGCCUGCCGGUCCAUCUACCAACGGCGCGCGCCUGGCCGAGAUGGACAAGCUCGAACCCCAGCUGGCCAACGGCCAGGGGCGUCGCCACCCUCGCGAGUCGGAAACGACCAAGUGGGGCCAUGACGGUUUUGCAGAGUUUUCUGCUUCGGAUGAUGUGCGCGGUGGCCGCCCGUUCCGUGGUCGUGGCCGUGGAGCGUUUAUGCGUGGUGGCUUCCGCGGCGGCUUCCACCACGCCCAUGCCCUCGCCCACCUGCCAACGCCCGAGCCGUCCCCCGAUCGCGCCAACAAGGCCCUCGAGGGCACAGCGACCCAGCCUGCCGCCGAGUCGUUGCUUGGUGACGGUACCGCAGUCACGAUCCGUCUUCCUGGAGGUGCCGGUGGUGGUGUAGCCGUUGAGGCGCGGGCACCAUCAACAACCCCGCCCUCGCAGGCCGCGACGACCAACCCGCCGUCCGAGGCAGCUGCAUCCGAGGCAUCUGGCGCGGCCCCCGUCUCUGACAGCCCCAUCCCUCCGCCCUUCACGCCGUCCAACCCGUCGCCAGUGCACGCCCUCGGCAGCGACAACGGGUCGAUCAGCAGCGGCUACAUGCCCGCCGAGUUCUACCCCGCUGGCUCGUCUGGCGCUGGCGGCGCUCCCAACCCAAACUUCCGCCCCCCAUCUGGCUCCGGUUUCCACGGCCGUGGCUUCCCUCCCCAGCCUUACACCCCCGAGCCCUCAUUCCAACCCCGAGGCUCGUUCUCUGGACCGAGCUUCUUCCCCAACGGUGGACCCGUCCCAGGCCCAGGUCAAGGUUUCAACCCGGCGCUCCGCCCGCGCGCCGGCUCGCCCCUCAACCCGUACGCUGGUGGCCAAAUGGGCUACUUCAUGCCCCCUCGCCCCAACCAGAAGGUUGCGAUUCGUCCUCCUAUCCGUGGUGACGACAAGUCGCCAUCCUCGGACGCGACGGCCGACUCGGCCCAGCUGGCACACGGCGUGCCCCUCCCAACCGGCACCCCCGACAGCUUUGUGCAGGGCUACUAUCCUCCAGGAUACAACCCGUACGCUACUGGUGCCGAGGGCGGCGUCUUCUACCCCCAGGGCUACUGGCCACAGGGCGGGUUUGAGCAGCAGCCUGGCGUGUAUGGAUACGAGGGCGAGUACCAGGGCUAUCAGUACGCGAGCGCUGCCGCACCGCUCGCGUCCCUCGCUGCCGCGGCCGUUGCUGGCCCUUCAAAACCGGCACCACCAGACCUGUGGACCGACAUCCUGCGGAGCGCCGACCGCCAAAAGGCGCUCGGGAGAAAGAACGUCGUGCUCCUCGCCGAGCGGAAUCGCGGGCGCAGCCACCUGCUCGACCGGCUCGUCGGGCGGCGGCGGGGCGCGAGGAGUGACGCGCUCGCCGUGGGGUAUGAUGUGCUGCAGGCCGCCGACGGCGACGAGGACGCAGCACCCCCAGUAUCCAUCUUCUACCCGCCCUCGUCGCACCCCAGCCUCCUCCGCCUGAUCGACGUCUCGCUCCCGCCAAGGCCUUUACCUGACACGGCCGUCGUCAUUGUGCUCGACUGGACCAAGCCGAGCAGCAUGAUCAAGGAGCUGCUCACGUGGCUACAGUGGGUGGACGAGUGGGCCGCGCGCGUUGGCGGCGAGGGCGACGAGCUGCGGGAGAGAUUGCAGUCCUACCUCCAGCACUACGCCGAGCCUGCUGGCCCCGCGCCUGCUGCCGGUGGUGCGGGCACGGCCGCGCCGUCGCUCGCCGGCGUGGGCCCGCUCCUCCCCCUGGGCCAGGGCACGCUCACGCUUAACCCGCACGGCGUGCCGCUCGUGGUGGUGUGCACGCGGGCCGACCAGAUGGACGCGGUCGGCGACGAGAUGGGCAUGAAGGGCGGCGGGUGGGAGGAGCGCACCGACUGGAUCCAGCAGGUGCUCCGGACCGUGUGUCUCGCGUAUGGCGCGGCGCUGUUCUACACUGCGCCGACGCAGGACGGCUCGUAUGGCCUGUUGCGCGAGUACCUCUUCCACCGGCUGUACGCUUCGCCUCCGGCGAAUGCGGCUGCCGACGCCACGGCGGCAGCAGCGCCAGCGCGCUUCCCGUUCCGCCACAAGGCGAACGCGCUCGACCGCGACGCCGUCAUGGUGCCUGCCGGCUGGGACUCGUACGGCAAGAUCACUGUCCUGCGCGAGGGGUUCGACGCGGCGCGCGUCGCGCGCGCAUGGGACGCGAGUGUGUCUGGUGCAAGCGAUGCCGAGAGCAUCGAGGACCUCUGGACGGCCAUGAUCCCCGACACGGAGCGGCCCAAGGCGGCCACGGGCGCAGCAGUCACCACCACGAGCGAGGGCGAGCAGGCGUUCCUCGCGCGCCAGCUCGACGUGCUCCAGAAGGACCCGAACCGCGACCCGCGCGCCCAGUUCCGCGCGGCCGCUGCGGCGGCGGGCGCGGGCGGAACAGGCGCCAGCAACCCCGCGAGCGAGGCAGCGCUCGAGCGCUUCGGCGGCGUCGUCGGCCCCAUGGGUUCCGGCGGCCUCAGCCUGCCCGGCGUCGAGAAGGCCAUGCAGGAGAUGGAGGGCGCCGGGGACGAGAGCAAGGACCGCGUGCGCGUGGCCCGGAGGCAGGACUCGACAAAACCCGCGUCGUCGCCGGCUGGCAACGAGACACUGCACAAUUUCUUCCAGGGCCUCCUCAAGAAGCCUGUAUCGGCCGUGCCGACCUCACCGACCAAGGCUGCAAAGUAGCCCCACCCCUGUUCAUCAUCUAUUGUCCAUGACACGACCCCAUUUUAUAUACUUGGCAUUGAUGCGGCGGCAUUGACGCACGAAUG